CGAUACUUCUCGUCGCUGCAGCCUUCCUGCCUUCUUUCCAUCUAUCCACCAUCUGAAUACACGUCUGCAUUUCUGCACAAUUUGCUGAUACAGCUUGCGCCGUGGUACGAAAGCGUGGAAUUCCUUGAUCAGGUGUGCCACGUAUAAGAAGACGAAUCAAGGCGCAAUCUCUCACACCUCAACCUGCUUCAACAUGUUGUCGUUUUUCUCAUUCUUGAAGAGGGUGUACAACGCAGUGUCGCCACCAAUUGCUGCGCCUCUGCCCGACUCGAAGCCCGUCAAGUUCGGUAUCCUUGGAGCAGCGGCAAUUGCUCCGAGUGCUAUUAUCGAUCCCGCAAAGAGCCACCCAGAGGUCGUCGUCUACGCCGUCGCUGCACGGGAUAUACGUCGAGCUGAGGCGUUCGCAAAGAAACACGGGAUCGAGAAGGUGUAUGGCGGUCUAAAGGGGUACCAAGAACUCCUUGAUGAUCCUGAAGUAGAGGCUAUCUACAAUCCGCUUCCAAAUGGAUUGCAUUACGAAUGGACCAUGAAAGCUCUUCUAGCGGGAAAGCACGUCUUAUUGGAGAAGCCAUCCUCAGACUCGGCGGAGGAGACACGCAAGAUGUUUGAAUUGGCAGAGAGCAAAGAACUAGUACUACUAGAAGCCUUCCACUACCGAUUCCACCCUGCCAUUCAACGCGCCAAGGCUAUCCUUGAUAGCGGUGAAUUAGGCAAGAUCAAGAGUAUCUCCACGACUCUCAUGGUCCCCGCCGGAUUCGUGUCGGCCGACGAUAUCAGGUUUAAUUUCGAUCUAGGCGGAGGGGCCAUGAUGGACAUGGGAACGUAUACACUUAAUUGCAUUCGAUACCUUGCCUCAGCCAACCCCGUCUCAGUCCUAUCUGCAUCUGCAGAGAUCUCCGCACCUUCGCCUCUCAUCGAUAGGCGAACGACAGCUACGCUCGAGUUCCCGAACGACAUCAUUGGCACCCUAACCUGUGAUCUCUCAGUUCCAUGGAGGUUCGUACCCACGCGGCCUAGCAUUUCUGCCAAGGUAGAGUGUGAAGGCGGUACCCUGGAAGUGUAUAACUACGUCAUGCCGACUGUGUAUCAUUCUAUCACGGUAACAAAACGUGGUAGGGCUAAACGUGUGGAAAAAGCAUACAAGUUUGAAACGAAGGGAGAAGAUUGGUGGACGACAUAUCGAUAUCAGCUCGAAGCAUUUGUGGAUCAGUUGAAGGGUAGGACUCCGCAGACUUGGCUCGAUAAAGAGGAUGCGAUUGGGAACAUGGAGUGGAUUGAGAAGAUAUACGAGAAGGUCAGUGCUCAUUUCUGCUUUAGCACGAUCGACGCUGACACCCUUAAAAGUCAGAGCUGGGAGCUCGUCCAAAGUCAGUAUAUACUGUCCCUUGAGCUCAUGAUGGUGUAUUAUGGUGGAUGUUAUUGUCUCCGAAUAUUAUCAUUUACCAUAACGGAGAAUAUUCGUCGUUCCAAUAUUUCAGGGAAGUACUUGCAAAGUGGGCAUGGGACAAUAAGAUGCGAAAAGAUGGACGAGCGUCAAGUCUACACGGCGAUGUCGGUACAGGAACGUUGCUACAGCACAGCAUGUAGAAUUUAGCUAUGACCACAGGGAUGGCUCAUACCGCAGCGCUAAAGGGUAUACGAAUUCGGCAGAACUUUAAUGAGUUAAGCAGCAUACCUAGAGUGGCGGCGAGCGUCUUCCAAAUUCUAGAUGGGGUUGACUUCCAUAGGAACAUGGAUCAUUAUCGAAGCCGCCGGAGAACGUUUUGGCAUAGCUGCCUUGUAGUACUUAUGAAUAUGGCAAUAAAUACAGUAUUUGUUCCACC